GCAAACUAACCAUGGUUUAGUUAGGUUUGUUUGAUUGUAACGCGUUUAUGAAGAAUGCUUAAUUUUGCAUCGAAGUGAUUAAGAAAGAGACCCAAAAUUGGAGAAGAUGAGAGAAACCAAUAAACCCUAACCUCAAAUAUGGCCAACCUCCCAGAAACCUCGAUUUUGUCUUCAACCCCACCAAGAACCCUAAUGAUUCGAUCUCCAACAAGUCUCCAUCACAACUACCACAUGUAAGAAUCCUCGCUUUCUUCCCUCCAUGAAAAUUUCUGAAACAAAAAAAGGGGUUCUCUUUUUUUUUUUUUGUGGCCGUUAGGGUUUCCGUGACAUUAUCCCCAAAGAUUUUUGUUUUUUUGCCCACAAUUUCGCUUUCUGUUUUCCAGUUUCGACCAUCUUCCAUUUCGCCAUUAUUACACACGCUCGUGUCUUGUCUCUCUCUAUAAAUGGCGUCAGACCCAUCUCGCUAUCUCCCUCGGGGACAACAAUUUGGUCUCGAAUCGAACUGGGUAGCUUCGUCGUUUUGUGAUCGCCUUCUUCGUUGGAUUAUAGCCGUUAGAUCAUGGCUUCCGCCGUAUCCACUGUCGGGGAUCUUAAUCGAGCACCGCUGAACCCGAACGGCUCUGUUUCUGGUUCACGCUUUGUUGGCGCUCCGUUCUUCGGGACAACCUUGAAAAAUGUUUAUUCGAGGAGGAUCAGCCACCCGAGAAUCUCUGCCAGGAGCUUCAAGAUUGUUGCUGACGGCACGUUGGAUGAGGAGAAGCAGACGUCUAAGGACAGAUGGCAGGGCCUUGUGUUCGACACAUCUGAUGACCAGCAGGACAUUACUCGAGGCUACGGUAAGGUGGAUACCCUCUUCCAGGCGCCCUUGGGGACAGGAACUCACUAUGCUGUCAUGAGCUCGUACGAUUACUUCAGCCAAGGGCUUCGCCAGUUUGCGAUGGACAAUAUGAUGGACGGGUAUUACAUCGCCCCUGCUUUCAUGGACAAGGUGGUGGUUCACAUCACCAAGAACUUCUUGAAACUCCCAAACAUUAAGGUUCCUCUCAUAUUGGGUAUUUGGGGAGGCAAAGGACAGGGAAAAUCCUUCCAGUGUGAGCUUGUCUUCGCCAAGAUGGGCAUCAACCCAAUUAUGAUGAGUGCUGGAGAGCUAGAAAGCGGAAACGCAGGAGAACCCGCGAAGCUGAUAAGGCAAAGGUAUCGUGAGGCAGCCGACAUCAUCAAAAAGGGGAAAAUGUGUUGUCUUUUCAUCAAUGAUCUGGAUGCUGGAGCUGGUAGGCUUGGCGGUACAACUCAGUACACAGUGAACAACCAGAUGGUUAACGCCACUCUCAUGAACAUAGCCGAUAACCCGACGAAUGUCCAGCUUCCCGGGAUGUACAACAAGGAGGAGAAUCCCCGUGUUCCGAUCAUCGUGACUGGUAAUGACUUCUCCACUUUAUACGCUCCUCUCAUUCGUGAUGGCCGUAUGGAGAAAUUCUACUGGGCGCCCACAAGGGAAGACAGAAUCGGGGUUUGCUCUGGAAUUUUUCGGACUGACAACAUUCCUCAAGGUGACAUUGUCAAACUCGUCGACACUUUCCCUGGCCAAUCCAUUGACUUUUUCGGGGCAUUGAGGGCGAGAGUGUACGAUGAUGAAGUGAGGAAAUGGGUCACAGAGAUCGGAGUAGAGAACAUCGGGAGGAGGCUGGUGAACUCGAGGGAGGGACCCCCGAUCUUUGAGCAGCCGAAGAUGACAAUGGAGAAGCUCCUCGAGUAUGGGAACAUGCUCGUGAAAGAGCAAGAAAACGUCAAGAGAGUUCAGUUGGCCGACAAAUACUUGAAAGAGGCUGCUCUUGGAGAUGCCAACGAGGACGCCAUCAGCAAUGGAACCUUCUAUGGGAAAGCGGCUCAGCAGGUGAAGGUCCCGGUUCCAGAAGGCUGCACCGAUCCGAACGCGGCUAACUAUGAUCCGACGGCCAGGAGUGACGAUGCAAGCUGCGUCUACAGUUAGGAUCAUUCUCAAUGAAUUACUAUUCAUGGAAAUAACAGAGGAUGAUCUAGACUUUGUUCCAUCAUAUUAUUAGUACAUGAAAAAUUGUAUAUUAGUGUCAUUAAAUGUAUGAUUUGGUUCGGUAUGUGGUACAAUAAAUAAUACGAUUCUUAUAGUAUAAUGUUUUUGAAUUUGUUAA